CAGGGAAGAAUUGAAAUUAUUUUUAAAUAGAGAUUUACUUUUGGUUAGGAUCAUGUAUAUUGCAAUACCUCUUUUCAUUUUAACUCAAGCGUGUGUCUCCUGUAUCAAUAUACAUUUGUAUGGGCCACAUUAUGUAAGAAAUGGAGAACAUGUAUGGGUUAAUUGUUCGUCAGAUACCGUGCCGUCAGGUCAGUAUACCGAAUUUAUCGUGAAUGGUGAAACACUCGACAGCUUAGAACGGCGAACAAUCGGAUGUUUUUCGGCUAUCAAAAGAGGAAGAUGUUCUUCAACUGCGUGCCACUGUUCCCAAGAUGCCAAACAUUAUGCUAUUCGAAUUUACGUUAAUCAGCAAUUCGAUGACUUAACAGUUGAAUGUUCGAUGAAAUUCAAGUCAAAGGGGCCAUUACCUGCGAAAAAGACAAUGACAAUUCGUGUUCUGAAUAUGUCACAGCCUAAAAUCGAGAAAAAUGGAGAAGACGUCCUUGCUGUCGGUACUACGAGAAAACUACGAUGUAAUGUUAUAACACCGUUAAACUUACAAAUGUAUUGGAAAUGUCUGAACACCACAUCAAAUCCUCCGACACGUUAUAAUACCAGUCUUUCAAUAUUUGCGUAUAUAGAAGCACAAUCGUCAGAUCAUGGAGAAAUUUGCACCUGCAUUGUACAGUUUGAAAAUUUUGAGACGUCAGCAUCAAUUGUGCUUAAUAUUUCAAGUCCACCAAUCAUUCAAGUUAGACAUUCAACUGUAUGCAAUCAAACAGCAGAUGCUUAUUUACAAUGCAUACUAUCAGGCGAUCUUCAGUAUUACGGAUUUAGUCAAUGGACUCAUACAGUUAACGGAAAAUUCAUCCGAAAGCUAAAUGGCAGAAAUCAUGGCAACACAUCCUCUUUGUUAAUUCAAUCAUGCUCUUAUGAGGAUGUCGGUAACUAUACAUGCAGAGCUUGGAACGAAAACAACCACAAGAAGUAUUGGUCUAACAAAACAACCAUACUGACAGUUAAUGAUCUUCCUGUGAUAACAAACACAGAUACAAUUACUAAUCCAGAAUUACAUUUUGUUGUAUCCUACUAUUCCGUACCUACUCCAGUUUACAUAGAGUGGUUCCGAUAUGGAGAGAAAUUAGAAAAUUCGACAUUAUGUUCAUUUUCCUCAAUCGAACAGUCUGUUAAUCUACCUAUACAUGGAAUAAAGAUACUCUGUGAAGGAUAUAGAUCCAACUUGAGCAUUGUAAAGCCCUUUUAUGGAGAAUAUAUAGCCGUUUUGAAGAAUAGUAUUGGAGAAACUAAGCAUUAUUUUAAAUGGGAAUCUACAGAUAAGAGUGCAUUCGACUUUCAGAAAUUACUGUGGGGUUUAACUGGUGUUACCAUAUUUAUAGCAACAGCUGGAAUAAUGGGAGUUUUCAUGAAAAUAAGAACUGCCCAAGGAAAUCAACUCGAUACCAAUAAUCACAUCAAUACAAAAGCUGCAGCAAUAUAUUACGCAGCGCCCGAAGAGGAUAACUACGUCCACGUAUACAAUGAUACAGAACAUUGUUACAACCAGUCAAUGAAUUCAUCCGCUGGACAAUACGAAGAGAUACCUGAGAAUAAUAUAGAUAUCAGCAGACGAGAAGUACAUGAACGACAUUAUGAUGUUUCGCACCAGUACAGCGAGAUUGAUACGUGAUAUUAUAAAUAUUUUUAAUUUGAAUGAUUAUUUUUUUUUCUUAUAAAACGUUUGAUAUUGUAUCGAUCUCUUUCGUAAAGCCAGGCUUUACACAAGAAAGAAUUUGACAAAAGUUAAGCAAAACAGUUUGAAUGUAUAAAGUUUAACUAUUGUGCAUAUCGUUUGAACUGUAAGAUUACAUUUCAAAAAUACAAAAACUUCACCCAAUCAUGAUCACUUUUAAAUUUUCAUUUUAUCAAAUUUAAGAUUACAAAAACAUACAUUGUUUUAAAUCAUUUGUUUAAUUAAAUCGUUUUUUUU